CGUGGGGUGUGCAGUGCUGUGCAGUGACAGCUCAGUAAGCAGCUGAAGACCUCGGCUGCAGCGAGAUGGACUGCCUGAACUUCCACCGGGAUGUUCUCUGACACAACGUGUGACUGAGUGUGUUUUUGGUGCGCGUGUGUGUGUGUGUGUGUGUGUGCGUGUGUGUGUGUGUUCAUGAAGAGAGGGGCAUACAUGCGGCGGCAAAACAAUGGCUCUGAACCGAGUGUCUCAACUCUGCCACGAUAUCACCAGGCUGUGGCUGCAGCUGAAGAUGAUAACAGAUGACCUCAUGCAGAAGGAGGACAGUCCUGUCUGUGCGGCUGAAAUUGGCUCCGAACUCCAGAAACAGUUUGCCAUCCUGCCAGGGGGCCGAGCGAGCAACGGCAGCCCCGUCGUCGUCUUCCCAGAGUACCCGGCAUUCAGCGAGCUGGAGGAAGAGGAACUCCAAAAUGUGCUGGGCUACCUCACAAGCCUCCCCAGUGCCGCAGCAUCGGGAGUGGGUUUCAUCCUGGUCAUCGACCGACGGCAGGACCGAUGGGCCGCUGUCAGAGCCACCCUGCAUCGCAUCGCAGGUUCAUUUCCAAGGAUCUUGGACUUGGUUCUGGUGUUGCGUCCCACUACUUUGUUCCAGCGGACUCUUUCAGACUUCCUGUUCAAGUUCAACAAGGAUGAGUUCAAAAUGAAGGUGGUGAUGCUGAGCUCAGUGACUGAGCUCCACGCGUAUAUCGACCCGGGACAGCUCACCACAGAUCUGGGAGGCACACAGGAAUACUGCCACGACAGCUGGAUCUCGCACCGCACCGCUAUCGAGGCCUUCGCCCUCAUGGUGAAGACCACGGCUCAGACCCUGCAAGCGUUUGGAACCGAGCUCGCGGAGACGGAGUUACCCAACGAUGCCGAGGCCACCACCACCCUGUUGCACACACACAGCCUGAAGAAGGAUACAAUGAAGGAGAACCUGCAGGUGGCGCUGUCUCAAGGAGGCCGUUUGUUGGAGUGUAUUAAUGAGCCUCUGCAGGCAGAUCCUGAGUACAACAUGACGCAUGAUGAGAUGGAGAACUUGGCUACCGUACAGAGGCUCCUGGGUCAGCUAGAUGAAACGCAGUCGGCCUUUGAGGAUUUCUGGGAGCGUCAUUGCACCAAGCUGGAGCAGUGUUUGCAGCUCCGCCACUUUGAAAAGCACUUCCGUGAAGUGCGUGCCCAGCUUGAUGUGACGUCCGAGCGGUUGUCGGGCUUCUCUGAAAUCAGCGUAAGCCCCACCCACGCCGAGCACGUCCUCCGAGAGCUCAGCAGCCACGAAGACAAGGCUUGUGAUGUGAUGGACGUGGCCCUGUCGCUGGCCAGUGAGGGCGACAGACUCAUAGAAAACUCCCACUACGCCGAGGACUCCAUCAGGCCCAAGUGCAGCGAGCUGAGAGGAGUGUGUGAUGAGAUCAGCUCCAUCCUGAGAAGCAAGAAGAGCCUCCUGCUCCGGGCCCUGGAGCUCCACCACGCUCUGGACAAGGCAACGCGGUGGUGUGAGGAUGGCAUCUUUCUGUUGGCUAGUCAGCCCGUGGACCGCUGUCAGUCUCAGGAUGGAGCUGAGGCUGCCCUGCAAGAGCUGGAGCGCUACCUGGACACAGCGGCGCUUCACACCCUCACGGACCGCGGCGCCAUCUGCUGCCAGUACGAGGCGGUGCUCAACUCCCAGAUCAGGGACCAGAUAGAGCGGGUUUUCCAGAAGCAGAACUCCGUGGAGGAGAUGUUUGAAAAGAGACGCGUCAGCCUGAAGAAACUCGCCGCCAAGCAGACGAGACCAGUGCAGCCGGUAGCCCCGAGACCCGAGAUCAAGUCUCCACUUUCCUCUCCCCAUGUAGAGAGGAAAGAGCGGAGAUACUCAGCAGACGGUGCCCUAUGCAGAAAGACGGAGCCUCCCAUGCACAACGGUACGACGAGGCAUGCGUCUCUGACGGAAGAAGAAGAAAACCUGGCAGUGCUCCGGCGUCAUGUGAUGAAUGAGCUGCUGGACACGGAGAGAGCGUAUGUGGAGGAGUUGCUGUGUGUCCUGGAGGGCUACGCGGCAGAGAUGGACAACCCUGCCAUGGCUCACCUCAUCCCCAGCACCCUGCAGAGCAAGAAGGACAUCCUGUUUGGAAACAUGCCAGAAAUCUACCAGUUUCAUAAGAGGAUGUUUCUGAAGGACCUGGAAGCGUACACCGACUGCCCAGAACUAGUGGGCCGCUGCUUUUUGGAACGGAUGAAGGACCUUCAGAUCUAUGAGGCGUACUGCCAGAAUAAACCUCGCUCCGAGAGCUUGUGGAGACAAUGCUCCGACUGUGCCUUCUUCCAGGAGUGCCAGAAGAAGCUGGAACAUAAACUCGGCUUGGACUCCUACCUCCUCAAACCUGUCCAGAGAAUCACCAAGUACCAGCUACUACUUAAAGAGAUGUUGAAGUACAGUAAAGGCUGCGACGGCUGUGGUGACCUGCAGGAAGCUCUCUCCUCCAUCCUGGGGAUCCUGAAGGCCGUUAAUGACUCCAUGCACCUCAUUGCCAUCACAGGAUACGAGGGUAACCUGUCAGAGCUGGGCCGUCUGCUCAUGCAAGGCUCCUUCAGCGUGUGGACGGAGCAUAAGAAAGGCCACGCCAAGGUGAAGGACCUGGCCAGGUUUAAGCCCAUGCAGCGGCACCUGUUCCUGCACCAGAAGGCCCUGCUCUUCUGCAAGAGGAGGGAGGAGAACGGGGAGGGCUACGAGAAAGCUCCCUCUUACAGCUUCAAACACUCCCUCAGUAUGAGUGCAGUGGGAAUUACCGAGAACGCUAAAGGAGACAACAAGAAAUUUGAGAUUUGGUGCAACUCCAGGGAAGAGGUUUUUAUAGUUCAGGCACCAACAGCGGAGAUUAAAACGGCGUGGGUGAACGAGAUCCGGAAAGUUCUGACUCAGCAGCUCAAGGCCUGCAGAGAUGCCAGGCAGCUAAAGAACUCAGACUCAGUCACCCCGAGUCCCACCAGCAACACCUCCAUCUCCCUCAGCCCUUUCCGCAGCAGUGGUCAGAAGAACCAGAAAAAACAAGAGGAGAAGAAGGCUGAGCCGAGCCCAGCCUCCGACACCAACUCAUGUUCGUCACCAAAACACAAAGAUGAGACUGUGACCAGCCCGACCACUGACAGGUCCUCAGUGGCUAAAAAGCGUUUUACUUUACAGGGCUUCAGCAAUCUCAAGAGUCCAAAAGCUAUGAGCCCCGAGCUCGGCUCCAAACGCCACUCGCUCAAGAGUGACCCCACACCGUUUGGGUUUAAAGGCUGGAACAAGGCAUCUCUAUCAGCGGACGCCUCGGAGGAGAACGAUGGGUACUCCAGCGGAGAGGACCCCAUGAACUCUGACACUGAGGAUGAAGUGAAGAAGCUGGCUCCGGGAAAGUACACCGUGGUAUCAGACUGCGACAAGGCGGGACCUCAGGAGCUGUCCGUCAAGAGUGGAGACAUGGUGCAGCUAAUCCGGGAAGGAGAAGACGGACAGUGGUUUGUGAAGAACCUUCGCUCCAGUAAAGAGGGCUGGGUGGCAGCAGCAAACCUCCUCAGCCUUAUCUCCGAGUCCAAGUCAUCGCAAUCACUCAGCAGCUCAGAUGGCAGCGUCUCUGGGAACCUCAGCACUUCUUCCAGCUGCAGCGAGACCUACACCAGCUUCUCGGACAUCAAACCCUGACCGGAGAUCCCUUAAUCCAAAACUGUCUCAAGGUGGAAUCACGAAAGCUAAACUUGACUUGCAGGAGGAAAGAAUCAGUGUUUUUUAUUUCUUUUCUUUUCUUAUGGACACAGACAACCACUUUGUAGAUUGAUGUAAAUCUACAAAUACUGGUAAACUUAACGUACUUUCAUGGCUCAAUCCAUCUGGGGUCAAUCAUUCCUAAAUAUGCACAUAAAAGCCACAUGAUCCAUCAUCUCCUAAAAAAGCUCCAAGAAGCUAAAUGUCUUUGAACUUAAUGUGCCGAAAACGUGUUCGGCGCUGUAUUGUGAUAAUGUAGCAUCAAAGUGGACACUUUGAGGAAUAUCUGCACUAAAUACAGCUGUUGUCAAGCGGGUCAGAAGCCCUUUCAAGUCGAGGACAUUGCAGCACGGUGAAAGAUUCUUGCACCGACACGACCAGACGGGUAUUUCACAAGAUGCGUCGGCUCCGGUGUCGGACAUUGAUCGUACACUGUGAAAAGUAGCAGGUGGCUGCAAUAAGAAAAAUGCUGUCGGGGUGUCUUGGAGCAAAGCUGAGCAGGUUCAGAGUUGUUGUAACGUUUGGUAUUUGGGACGCAGAUGGGGCUGAGUGGGAUUAGUCCCCCAGCGGUGACGCUUUAAUGCUGUAUUUCUCCAAUAUACAAAGUGGUGUCUUCCACUUCCCUUCCUAAACAAAAAGAGGCAGCUUUGACAUCUUUUUGAAUCUCUUAACCUUCUUUUCUUCACUUUUCAACGGCUUUAUAUUUAACUCUCAGGAAACCCAAGAAGUUGCACGACUGGGGAGGUGCGUCUGCAUUCCUGAACGUGUCGACUAAACACCUUUUGUGUGUCUGUUCUCAUUCUCACCGCUGCAGAACAGAUUCAGGAAAACUGUUAAACCCCCUUUGCAGAUCAUUUCACGAUGAAACGUUGAACCUUUUGUGUGAAGGUAACAGGAGCUCUUCUGGAUUGCGUGGCUGGUUGGGUCAAAACGGCGUCCCACAUUUCAGUGUUUUUCAGUGUUUGUUUGUGUGUCACCCUGCUCACCUAUAAUUGUGCUGCACAAAAGCGAGCUUUGUCCUCUCCCUCUGCUCCCAGCCCCAUUCAGGCAUGUGACAGCGGCCACUUUUCCACAGGCAGGGCCCAGACCUGCUCGACGCGUUCACACCUCCCACCUGACAACAAAAUGUCGCUGAUAACAAUCAAGUUUAAAGACAAAAAAACAAAAAAAAAUUGAAUAAAAUCUGACCGGGGUGGUGAGUGUCCAAAUUUAAGAAAUAACUCCGACAACCAGCUGUUCCUUAAACACACAAAGAGGAACCUGUGCUGUUCUGAACACUGAAUUACACCUUUUCCUAUUCCUUGUUUUCUAAGAGUAAACAUGCUUUUUAUAUCCCAUGGAUUUAUUUUUCCGACCAUAUCCACAGGGCGUGCUGUAAAACAAUCUCUUCCUUUUUGUUUAAACAGGAAAGUGCAGGGCACUGAUGCACCAACCUCUCACCUGUUUACCUACAGUAGGAUGGGCUGUAUCUGUCGGCCAGCUCAACAAAGCUGUGUCACUUUAUUGACUAGGAUUCUGACUUAAAUCAGUGUCGUCCCUGUGAAAGAAAAAGGAAGAAGCUAGUUUCCAGGCCUUUCUGUAAAUGUGACACCGUUUAUAGACGUGUCUGCUCUAUGUUGCACUGUUUUCCUCAAAAGCAUGUAUACUGUUAAAAAGGAUCAUGUGAGUCUCUUUGCCUCUUCAUCACCGUCUGUGGCAUGUUCUGGAUUUUUAAAACCUCCUCGACAAGAAAAAUAUUUUUUACAUGUCACUGUUGUAAUAUUGUGAGUAUAUUUUCUGCCCUCAUAAAAAAGCUGACACGGGCGAUAAACUUGUCAGUAUUCGAUCGUGGUCACACAGUAAAAAAAUCACUGAAUCAUUUGUACUUCUGAUUCGGACGCUGGAGAAAUGAAAGGGUUAUCUUUUAUUUCCUGUUUAUGCAGCACAUUGCAGCAACCACUGUCUUUAUUUUCAUAUUAUAUAUCUACUGAGUAUGGUGGUGAAAUGAAAAUGUAAUAGACAUAUCUGUAUAUUUGUAAAUAUGUAAUUCUGACUUGUAUGUAAAAUAAAAAAGCAGCUUUAAUAAAGUCUGAAAUUGUUUCCUCU